CUUUAGCCAGUAUUUGAGAAUGGGCAACUAGGACGUUUGAAGGCAGGUCCAUAUACGGAGUAUUUGUGGUCGAAAUGCCCAAGAAGGGUCUAGCUCGACUCGCCCGCCAAACAUGUCGAUUUUACAGCCCAGGCGUGGAAUGGCAACACCACUAGUCAUGCUGUAACAGCCCAUAUGGAUGGUCUAGACCCGACUAACCUACCCUGGAUUAGAAUUCGGGCGUAGUGGAUAAAAUCUCUUGGAUCGGCGAUCGCCCACCAGUGAUUAAGAGGUCAGCGAAGCCAACAUUAUGGGAGGGCUUUUCCUGGUGCUUCUUUACUGAGAUUUGGCUGCCUGCAAAUGCCGUCACCAGAUUCACAAGACUUUUUGUACCAGCUUUCAGCCUCGAAGACUAGUAUUUUGAGUCAAUAUGUCCCUUGCCACAACUACUGCCAACGACUGUAGGCUUGAGAACAAAAUGGACGAGAUUCCGAUAUCCGACAUUCAUCAAAUUUUUGAUGGAAGUGCAUACCCGAGCACCGGGAUCCAUUCCCCACUCCGGAAUAGCACUGAUGGCGAAUUUACUAAUCUGACCCCUCCAUUUAUAGAAGCGCCUGGAGACUGGCACGAUCAGUUCUGGAUAUCACCCUCUAUGACUGAUUCGACGGAUCCCUGGUCAAUUAAUACACCGAUUUCUUCUAUAUCACCGUUUGCGAUACCGCUUAUCUUCGAUUUUGAGGUCGUUAAUGCUUCCUGGGAUAUACCACCUAUUCCCAACUUCUGGGGUAAAACUGACAGUCGUACGCCUUCUGCAACACCUUCAACAACUACAGGGAAAGACUUAUUAUCUACCUACACUCUGAAACCCCAAGAAAAUAAAAGAAAGAAGUCCGCGAAAGCGGCGAUCGCGGAACAGCCGCUUGGCAACCCGGCAAAUAGCGACAUUAAUGAAGGCGGACACACCAGUGGUCUUCAACUACGGACUGCCUCAAGGAAGCCUAAAAAGAGAUCCCGAAAGAAAACCCGGGAAGCAUCUUUGCGAUCAUCACCCAAAGAGUGUACGCAUCAGCGACGACGUGCUCUAGAUUCUCACAACCAGGUCGAGAAGCAGUAUCGCGAGAGACUGAACAUGCAGUACAUGAGCCUGCUCACCGUGCUACCUGCUGACCUUGACCGGAAAUCUAUAGUGGCUCACGCUACUGAAGCAUCCGAUGACACCGGGGGCAGAGAUACCGGAGGAGGCAGGGUUUGCAGUGAUAGUAUCAGCAAGGGCGAGGUUUUGGAUAUGGCUAGGAUGUACAUCGAGAAAAUGGAGAGGGAGGGGGGGCUGCUACUCCAGGAAAGGGAUAGACUGUUGUCCAGCGCGGACCUGAUACAAGCACGGUGGAUUAGAUUUACUUGAUAAAGGCUCUUUAUUUCUUCUUUUCAA